AUGGAAGACAAGAACGACGCAGAAGACAAAGUAGGAAGCAGAUUACAGAGAUAUUUUGAAAUGCAGAUCCAAAAAGAAAAGCAAAAAUUGGAAAGAAGAGUUUUACAACUGUUUCUAGAAGGGAAAUUAUAUAGCUCUAACAUAGAAAUGGAGAGCGUUAAGGCUAGAGUUUCGGAAUUACUGUUAACAAACCGGCAACUAAAUGCAAGAAUAACAGCUAUGGAAAAUAAACGUGAGGUUUCUGAGACAAAAAAGGACAUAAAUGCAAUAGUUGACAAAAAUUUCAAGAAGUCUACGAAAUCCUCAGUUCUUUCUAAAGGAAACUCAGUCCAAGUCUCUUCACUAGAUUCAACUGCAAAGAGCGAAAAAUUCGUGAAAGCACAACAGAAUCUUUCAAUAACCGAGAAUACAAACCAACCAACAAAACUCAAGCUUUCUCACAAACCAAAUCAGAUACAAAAAUUAGCUAUGGCGAAACGUCUUUUGACAGGUGUCCACACAACAAAGCCUCCAUUCGCAGACGGAGUAGCAUUCUCUGCCUUUGUGUCUACAUACGAGACUGAAAUAUCAAAAGACCACACAAUUAAAUUCGAUAUCAUAGUGUCAAACAUUGGCAAUCACUAUAAUCUACAUUCCGGAAUAUUCACUUCUCCACAGCAUGGUGUGUAUGUGUUUACAUGGAACCUUUACUGUCGUGCGGGUGGCUAUAUUUUUUCUCAAAUCCUAGUCAACUCUAAUGCAGUUGGGGGCAUGUUGACAUCGAGCAAUGGCGCAACAAGUUUCAGAACUACGACAGGAGUCGUGGUGAUGGAGGUAAAUCAAGGUGACGUGGUGUUUGUUCGCAUUCAUUCUACUGAAACCCAAAGUGGAAAUCUCUUUAGUCAUCCCGAUUAUAGGUCGUCGUUCAAUGGAUGGAAGAUAUAUUAA